AUUUUCCUUUUGGUCGGCUCGCGCACAGAAGAACAAAAAACAACUCGAUUGAAUGGUGAUGCUUAAUAAGUGGUGGGAGAGGUUUGACAACAAGUGAAUCCCAUCUUGCCAGAUCAACGUGCGCCGCGGAGUUCGCGAAUAAAAGUGGUUGUGGAAAAUUGUGAUCGGGCGAGUUGGGGAGGAACUCACAGAAAAAGAAAAGAAUGCUGACACAGUGAGCCCGCCACGGAAGAAGAAAAGAAGUGCUUUGUGGAGAACCUUUGGUCGGUGUUCGUGAGUGUGCGUGUGCGUGUGUGUGGUUCGGUUUCAUAGGUUCUCUUUCAUAGUCGUCUCCCGAAAAAAGGAUACCGAGUUCCGUUUCCAUUUCGUUUCGCAGUUACGCGUGAGAGAGUUCAGGAGUUCAAAAGUUCAAGAACUGGUGCCCGUGACCGUGAAUUUCGUCUGAAGAAUAGGAAACAGUUACGGUACAUCGAGGAAAACCCCCCGAAACAGCAUGUCGACAGCAGCAGCUGCUGCUCCAGGAAUUCCCGCGGCAAAAGUACAGCAUCAUCAGAAUGGGUCAUCGAUCGCUAAAACGAAGAAAGCAGCAGCAUCAGCAGGCGACAAGGCGAAAAAGUCGGUCAAGGUCGUCAUCCCCCCUGUCAACGUCUCUAAGGCUCCAUCGGCCACGGCCAUCGCAAACGGUUCAACGCCCCGUAAGCGAGCGACGACUCCGGUGAGGAAAACGGCCAACCACGACCGUAACCACGCGAAGCGGUCGCGAUCACCGGAACCCCUGACGUCCUCAUCUUCCUCCGCGGAGGACGGGGACAAAUCGACCGGCGAGUCCAGUUCAGGAAGUUUCACACCGGGGGUCGCUGUCGUUCCUCCACCACCGCCGCCAGCAGCCGCUGUGAAGAGGGAGCAGCUUCCCACCAUCAAGGGCAGUGGUCCGAAUGGAACGUUGACGCUGAAGGACAUUCCCGUGGCGAACAUCUCGUUCCAGGAGGUGAUCGACCCGAAGCACGAGGGUCCGCCGGUGACCAAGGUCAUCAUCUACAAGCCCAAAUCCGGCUUCGGUCAGCCGUCGGCGAAAGUGAUCGUGACGAAGAGCAGUGAUAAUGAUAGCAGCAACGACGGCACGACAGCAGCCAGUAGCGAGAUGAACAGUGAGUGUUAUUACGGUUCGAGUUCAAAAGGGCCCGCGAUGGCGUCGUUCCAAGCGCAAAAGCAGCAGCCGCAGCAAGUGAUUAGUGAAAGUAAUUAUCAGCCGCAUGUAUACUCGCAACAGCAACCCGUUAUGAACGGACCACCGAUACCUCCGAUCAGAAACUACGAGAACAUCAUGAUUGGGACUGGUCCGGGUCAUGGUAACUACAGUGGGGGCGCCUAUUACAACCAUGGUGAGUUGAUUGAUUUAAGUGUCCCGCAGUUGCAUCAACAGCAGCAGUACCAACAGCAGCAGCAACAACAUAACGACAUGUACAACGCUGACAUCGACUUCAUGAACAGUUAUCUGAAAAGUCUUCCUGAUUACGGUGGGGUCUGUCCAAGCAGUUCAAGUCCGGCCUUGACGGGGAUCACCGCAACCUCAGCGCCAUCGCACAUGAAAAGUGAUAACUUCCGGCAUCAUUACGUGAACGAUCCGUACGUCCAAUACUACGAUAGUGCCAGUGCAAUGCAUGGUUACUACCCAAUCGACAAAUCCAGUUCGUACCACACGUACGAUUCGUCCGGCAGCUGCGGGAACAACUCGGCGGGAAGUGGUCACCCUGCGUACUAUCAUCAGCAUCAACCCGCCCAUCACUACCAAUCCCAGCCGUACCUUCAGCAGCACCACCAUCAGAACCAUCAACUUCCGCCCCAUAAUCACCACCACCAUCACCAUCAGCAUUACGGCCAACAGCAAACAGAGAAGCUACCGCGGAGUACCUCGCACUCCCUGCUUCCACGUAACUCGGCAGAAAACAGCAACAAAUACCUCAGUUGCGUAAAUCCGAACCGUGGUCUGGGGAGGAAGACCCGUAUAACGCCAAGCGAUGGCAGCACCCCAUGCAGCGACACUAACGCGUCGCCAGGGUUCGUCUACACGCCCAAGCAGUCCUCGAUGAGCAAGUUCUGGCAGGAGACAACCUCCAAUCAGCCCUCCAAUAGCGGGCCCAAGUUCGGUUGGAACUAUGACCGGAUCAUGGCCAAGACAAAGAAGGACGUUCAGAAUAGCAUCAACGAGUACAAAAAGAAUGUCACCAGUAUGCAUAAUCUCUACAGCAGCAACGGGGAUGGCGACAGUGGCUCGCCCAUCAUCCCGGAGACCAGCAAUUACUUCAAGCUGCGGAAGAACUACUCGUACUCCCACCUCGACAAACACAUCCGAGACCACCUCACCGAGGAGGAGUUCCAGACGUUGGUGAACGAAAGUGAAUCGAAACCCAACUUCUACAGCAACCACUCGUGCCACUUUGUGAAUCCUCUGUGCAAAAGCUACUCGAGUGGUGCGAUGAGCUUCGGUCAGCAGCCUAUUCCGCCGCCACGACCACUUCUGCCGUUCACCACGCCCAAGAUGACGACCCCGCCAGGGCUCACCAAAAGUUCCUCCAACACAUCGAUCCUUCGAAAGCCGCCCAGCGCUGGAAGCGCCCUCCCGACGGACUGUUGCUCUCCGCAUCUCGCCAAAAGUUCCUCCUCUUCGUGCAUCUACACCAAAGCCCUGAAUCAACCCAACAGCAAGAAGUACAACCUGUUCACGCCCUACAAAAGCAUUGUGCCAGAAGGUGGGUCGAUACCGGGUGGUCUCCCACCGGCCGACAUUAGCGUCACCAAUAAAAUGAUCUCGAAAAACAGCGCUCUGAUCAAGAAGAGUGCUUCGUUCAACCCAUUCGGACCGGGCCAGAUGUCGUCCGGCGGCGGCAGAAAGGGUACCGGCGAGAGUUUCUUCAUGAAGCAGCAUCUACCGCCGGCCACCAAGGUGCUCGUCGACUAUCCGCCGUUCACGCAAAUCUCCUCGAUUCAGAUACCCAUCAAUGGGAACCUCCCGCCGGCGUUCCCUAGUUUUACCACCACCGCCAGGGAUCAACCGAACAACGGCCAGGUCAGCGGCCAGGAUCACUGCAUCAUAAACAUCGAGGACAACAUCGAGCAGAGCAUAGCGGACAUCUACAACGUCGGUUGUAGCUACGCAUCUCCUCACCAGCCGUCAACGGCGGCCCCCGCUCUCUACAACAGCUUUUCGCACUCCCGACUGAAUCCGGAUGCGAAGAACUUCACCCCUAGUCGUUCGCUGGCCGGUGGCGAACAGCCACCUUCGGUCACGAGCACACCCUCACUUGUUUCGUUGGUCCGUUCCAGCUCGAACAGUGGCAUCAACAUAGCGCCGGCGGUGGUGAUACCCACGUAUAUUCCUACAAAGGGGAUUGUCCUAUCCAAGUCUGCUACCCAGAUUGCAUCCUAUGGAGAUGAACCGGAAGCGGAUGAACCGGAAGAAGACGACACGGUGGUUCCGUGUGGUUCCGAUCUGGACGACGAUGAUGACGACGAGGUCGAUGAGGAGUUCGAUUUGAACUACCUAGAUGACGAGGAAGAGCACGAGCACGAGCUGGAUGACGACGAGGGUGACGAGGAACCCGAUGAAGGUAUUUACGAAAACUGUCCCGACCAGUACUUCAUCCCGGUCAGCUCGUCAAAGUCAGUCUCGGCGAUGCAGGCCGUAGAAGUUCAUUACAACAAGACGACGACGACGACGACCCCACAACAGCACAAGCUGGACAUCCCUCGGAUAUUCACGACCAAUGCGGACAUCUUCCUGGAGGACGAUGGCGUCGGAGCGGACCCCACCGGGGUCGGUCUCGGGUCGGAAGAAUACCUGCUGGAUGAUGAAGAGGACCCCGCGGUCGUUCACCCGGGUUUCCCCGGAUCGACCGACUCGACCGAUUCUUGCUCACCGGAUCCGAUCGCCGCCACAAUGGUGGUCGCUGAAGAAAUAGAGAAACAACCAUCCGUGAGGGAUGAUGCUGAUGGGCAUUUGAUUUACCACACUGGCGACAUUCUUCAUAACAGAUAUAAAAUCCUGGAUACCCUGGGCGAGGGCACCUUCGGCAGGGUGGUGAAAGUCAAGGAUAUUGAGAUGGACCACACGAUGGCACUGAAGGUGAUCAAGAACGUCGAGAAGUAUCGGGAGGCAGCAAAGCUGGAGAUCAACGCGCUCGAGAAAAUCGCCGAGAAGGAUCCCAUCUUCCAACACUUAUGCGUCAAAAUGCUGGACUGGUUCGACUUUCACGGCCACAUGUGCAUCGCCUUCGAAAUGCUGGGGCUCAGUGUUUUCGACUUUCUGAGAGAAAACAACUACGAACCGUACCCGAUGGACCAUGUCCGGCAUAUGGCUUACCAGCUUUGCUAUGCGGUCAAAUUCCUGCACGACAACAAGCUCACCCACACCGAUCUCAAGCCGGAGAACAUACUGUUUGUGGAUUCGGAGUACACCACGACGUUCAACUCCAGAAAGAAUCGUGAGGUUCGCCGUGUCAAGUGCACCGAUAUUCGUCUGAUUGAUUUCGGUAGUGCCACGUUUGACCACGAGCACCACAGUACGAUCGUGUCCACUCGUCACUACCGGGCGCCGGAAGUAAUACUGGAGCUGGGCUGGUCGCAACCGUGCGACGUCUGGUCGAUAGGUUGUAUCAUGUUCGAGCUGUAUCUGGGCAUUACGCUAUUCCAAACUCACGACAAUAGAGAGCAUCUUGCUAUGAUGGAGCGUAUACUGGGUACAAUUCCAUACCGAAUGGCCAGAAAAACCCGCACCAAAUAUUUCCACCACGGCAAGCUGGACUGGGACGAGAAGUCUUCCGCUGGGCGGUACGUACGUGACCACUGCAAACCACUGCACCGGUACGUGCUGGCGGAGACGCCCGACCACCUGCAGCUGUUCGACAUCAUCCGGCGUAUGCUGGAGUAUGAUCCGGCCAACAGGAUUGCGCUGAGUGAAGCCCUGCGGCAUCCGUUCUUCGCGAAGCUCCCGCUGGCCCAGCGCCUGCACGAAAAAUACCGUCUCGCCGCUCAAAAAGCAACACAACAAGCUAAGCAGUCCAAAAAGGUUCCCGGCAAACUGACACGGUCACAAUCGCUCGCGAUCAACUUUCCAUCGCUGUUGAUACGCUGAUAGUGCGCGAGUCAUGCGCACGCACACGCAAACCCAAAACACGUGAAUGAACCACACAAACACACACGCAUACCAGCUGACAAUAUUUUUCCCUCCCACUCAAGCUGCUCUUUUUUGUGCAUUCUUUUGUAGAAACACGUCCAACUCUUCCCAACCACAACUCUCUUAGAAUAAAUUCAUCUCUCCUCUUGCACAUUGUCCCAAUGCGCUGCGCGUGUGUUGUCGAGAUUAUAAGUGAUUUUAGCGUUAAGAAGAUUCGUUUCGUUUUCAACAUCUCUAUUUUGCCGUUUACACACCCCCGCCACUCCCUCCCGCCCCAUAAUUAAGAUAGAAAAAAAAGUCACUUCGCCGCACGCAAAUCUACCCAUCUCUAACUAGAUGGCAGCACGCACGCGUGCAAGCGCGCCCGCUAGCUGUCACAACAAACAAUCGUUACAACAAGACAAAUUCAGGGUAAAGAGUAAUAGGCACAAGCAGUGGCAAGUGCGUAGUGCGAUGCGCCGUGGUGUGGGAUUCGACGAAGAAAUGGAAUUGGAAAAAAGUGUGUAUAUGAACUGCAACAAAAAAAUACUGAUGUAAUUAAUUAAUCAAUAGGAGAGGUCGUAAACACACACAAACACAAUGAUGAUGGCGGCUGACUCUGGUGUGUGUGUCCUCUGGUUAGCGAUAAUCAUCGUUACUAUUAUCAUUAUUAUUAUUACAAUUAUAAACUAUUAUUAUUUCCUAACCCCUUCCCUCCCUUUCUCGCUCCCUCUCAGUUAUGCAGAGAAAAUACAUAAUGAUCGAUCCCCAUUUUCCUUUUAAAACAAGCUGAUAUAUGCUACAUUAGAAGAAGAAGAAGAAGAAGAAGAAGAAGAAGAAGAAAAAGAUGAAGUAACAAAAGGUCGCCACUUAGGAAAACUUAGGAAGGUGUAAAUUAUGAUGAACAUAAAGACGUGUAGUAGGAAGCGACAGGGAGGCGCGCUAGAAGGAGCACCGAUUUGUACAGGUGUGAAGCAGGGCCCAAAACUCGAGUCAAGGCCCGAGUCCCGUCGAGAAGAAAACAGUUGAAUGAAUAAAUAAAUGAAUGUUAAACUGAGA